GUUUUUGACUAGAUAUCGAUGAAUAUCAACAUCUCUAGCAACUCAUCAAAACAGCAGCUGAUCAGCUGUAUUUCAAUUUCAGUAUUUUGCAAUCAUAUUUGUGUUUUAUUAUUAAUUUUGUACUAACAUUUUUAUUAUAGAUUUUCAAUACCUAUUCAAUAAUUGUUACAAUUCACUAUCAUAUCUGUCUGUAGUGAAUACAAUGAAUAUAUUACGGAAACUUUAUAACUUAUCGUCACCGGGAGUUUAUAGAAACUUUUCCUUGUCGUCAUCAAAUAAUGCAAGUUAUUCGUGUAAAUUACUAGUAGUAGGUGGAGGUUCUGGAGGCUGUACUAUUGCAGCCAAGUUUGCGAGGAGACUCAAGAAGGAUGCUGUUAUUGUACUGGAACCCAGUAGCGAUCACUACUAUCAACCCCUGUUCACGCUAGUCGGCGCAGGCGUGACCAAAGUGGCAGAUACUCGAAAAUUAGAAGGAAGCGUGUUACCCACUAAUGCAAAGUGGAUAAAGGAUUCAGCUGACUGUAUCGACCCUGAAAAGGGAUUUGUUACGACGAGAGAGGGUCAUGUCAUAAAUUAUGAAUACAUUGUGAUUGCUGUGGGCUUGCAGAAUGAUUAUGCUAAGGUUCCUGGCCUAAGCGAAGCUUUAGAGGAUAACAAUAGUUGUGUAUCAACAAUAUUCGCCCCUCAGUACUGCGGGAACACGUGGCGAGAUCUGCAGAAGUUCAACGGUGGCGAUGCUAUAUUCACGUAUCCUGAUUCUCUGAUAAAGUGUCCUGGUGCUCCACAGAAGAUCGUGUACUUAGCUGAGUCAUACUUUACAAAGACGAAUGUUCGAUCUAAGUCGAAUGUCAUCUAUAACACGUGUCUGCCAGUUAUAUUUGGGGUUAAGAAGUAUGCUGAUGCAUUGCUGAAGGUUGUCGAACGGAAGCAAAUCAAGGUCAACUACAGAACCGUGCUCAAGGAAGUACACCAUGAUAGAAAGGAGGCUGUAUUCGUCAAUGCUGAUGAUAAGACGAAGGAAACCACGAUGCAAUACAACUUGCUUCACGUGGCGGGGUACCGUGUGUCGACAAACAUAAGUUCUGAUUUGACCGUAACAAUCCUACCUAAUAAUAAUCAUGGUCUAGCGUGUCCGCUGCUCACUUCGUACAGCACGUGCAUACUGGCGGAGUUCUUAUAUGACGGCGUGCCAAGGGAAACACUACCAUUUGACCAGGCGAGGGAGAGCACGUUAGCUUUCUACAUGAAAAAGGAUCUAUUCCCUUUCCUGUAUUGGAACCUAAUGCUGAAAGGAUACUACCACGGUCCAGAGUUCAUAAGGAAAAUCAUCAAUCCAUUCGCUAAAAUGGGGAUUAUUUUUAAUAAUCUGAGACAUUGUGGCAGAACCCUACGUUACUACAGUAAUGUGGUUCCGUGUACAAAUGAAUACAAAUGUAAAUUACUGGUUGUCGGCGGCGGGACGGCGGGAUGCAGCGUCGCAUGGAGGUUCUCUAGAAAGUUAUACAACGACGAUAUCAUUGUACUGGAACCUUCUAAGGUUCACUAUUACCAACCACUGUUUACAUUGAUUGCGGCCGGAAUUCGACAAUAUGGACAAUGUCAAAGACCAACGAAGUCUGUUUUGCCGCCCCGUGUGCGGUGGCUCGAAGAUUGUGCAGAGGAUUUUGAUCCUUGUAACUGUAUUGUACAUACGAAAAACGGACAUAAAAUACGAUACAAGUACAUGGUUAUUGGCGUUGGGUUGAAGAAUGAUUAUCAUAAGAUUCCAGGUCUAGUGCGUGCAUUGAACUAUCACAACAGUGGUGUCUCCACAAUCUAUUCCCCGGCGCACUGCGUCAAAACAUGGUGCUGCCUUAGCCGAUUCAAAGGUGGGCACGCAAUCUUCACAUUUCCCAACUCCGGUACCAAGUGUUCAGGGGCUGCACAAAAGAUUAUGUACCUGGCUGACGAUUAUUGGAGACAGCAUAAUAUUCGCCACCUAACCAACAUCACGUACAAUACUGGCGGUGAAGCUAUAUUUGGUGUGUCCAAGUAUGCCGACGCACUGACUAAGGUAGCUGGAUGUAGGAAUAUCACAGUCAAUUGCUGUACCAACUUAGUAGAAGUCUCGGAAGAUGGAGCUGUGUUCGAGAAUUUGGCGGGAAAGAGUAUAACCCUGCCGUACAACCUGCUCCACGUAACACCCCCUAUGUCGCCGCCAGCGUGCCUGAUGCGGUGUGAAGACCUGAUCACGGAGAAGGGUUACUUAGAUGUCGACAAGUACACUUUGCAGCACACCAAGUAUGCUAACAUUUACGGCGUCGGCGACUGUGCCAAUACGCCUAAUAGUAAAACUGCAGCCGCUGUUGCCGGUCAAAGCCACGUCGUGGAGCUUAACUUGCUUAAUACAAUGGAGGGCAAGGAACUGACGGCCAGAUACAACGGGUAUGGAGCUUGUCCCAUGCUCACUUCCUACAACACGGGGAUACUAGCAGAAUUCCUCUAUGACAGGAGACUGUGCGAGACGUUCCCUUUCGAUCAGAGCAAAGAACGUCGAUUAUUCUACUACAUGAAGAAGCAUUUAUUCCCAUUUCUUUAUUGGAACAGACUGAUAAAAGGCAAAUGGGACGGACCCGCCGCACUACGUAAGAUGAUAAACCCAUUCGGACGAUGAUAAUUAAACAAAAUGAGAAAAUAGAAAAAUAUUUAUAUUUAUAUUAAAUUACUCUAUAACAUAUUUUCUUAAAACUAAACUAUAUUUACACAAGUUAUAUAAAUUUUAUUAGGAAUCCUCUGAUGUAUUCAAUUAAUUUUUAAACAGUACAAUAAAAAAAACUUAAUAAAUAC